AUGAAGCUGACCAGGAGGUGGCUGGUGCUGGGGACUCUCCUUAGCACAGCCUUUGUGGGGCUGCUGGUACUGCUGGUGGGUCAAUUUGUAGAUUUCCAGACUCCUUCUGUGGAUUUGAAGCCCUUUGUCUCUACAGAGCCAGCUGGGGAAACUUCGAGUCUUCCUCUAAGGAAGUUUGAGUGGCAGGCUCGGACACCACAUCCCUUGGACCUGAAGUACCCUUAUCCCUACCCCUUCCUGAUCAACCAUCCUGACAAGUGUGAGAGUCCUGGAGGUGCCCCCUUCCUGCUCAUGCUGGUGAUGACCCGGCCCCAGGAUGUGGCGGUGCGCCAAGCCAUCCGGGAAACAUGGGGCAAUGAAACUUUGGUUCCUGGUGUGAUCAUCCGCUGCCUCUUUGUUCUUGGUCUGCCCCCACCUCUUUUCGCCAAGGAACUUCAUACUCUCCUAGAAGAAGAGGACAGGGAGCAUGGUGAUCUCCUCCAGGUGGGCUUCCUGGAUACAUACCACAACUUGACUCUCAAGGUCCUCAUGGGGCUGGAAUGGAUGGCCCAGUACUGUCCCACUGCCCACUAUGUCCUCAAGGUGGAUGCUGAUGUAUUUCUAAACCCCAGCUUUCUGGUAUGGCAGGUGCUUCAGCCCAAUGGACCCCCACGGCCUGACUUUAUCACAGGUUACAUCUACAGAAAUUCAGGCCCUCUUCGGAAUCCAGCUUACAAGUGGUACAUGCCCCCAGAGGUGUACUUGCCGGACAAAUACCCCCCCUACUGUGCGGGUCCUGGCUAUGUUCUGUCUGGACCCUUAGCCCUCAGGGUUCUGGCUGUGGCCCAGACUCUCAAGGUCAUCUACUUAGAGGAUGUCUUUGUGGGCUUGUGCCUACAGCAGCUGGGGGUGAAACCCACUCCUUCUCCCCCCCAAGUCUUCCAGAUGUUUCCACUACAGUAUGAACACUGUGCCUUCCACCGACUUGCCCUGGUUCACAAAUUCCAGCCCCAGGAGCUGCUGCAAAUUUGGCCAGAUUUCCAGAGAGUCAAUAUGACCUGCCCCACGGCCUGA